AUGAACGGCAACCGCAAUGGAGACAUGAUACGAGCAAACGCAAACGUUCCACCGCACGGCUUGACCAACCAGUCUUUCAUGCAAAAUCCGCCGCCAAUGGGACAGCAACUGCUAGCUCCGAACCAGAUGGGCAUUCCUCCGGGCACUCCUCCGAUGGCCAUGGUUUCUGGCCCCAAUGGUCAACUUCGAUAUCUGCCUCAACAGCAGGGGCAGCAGCAGCAACAACAACGGAAUUUUAUGCGCCAAAAUACCCAGCCGUUAAACCCGACAGCGGGCUCCACGCCAGCUCAUAUGUCCUCACUCAUCGCCGCUGGUCAAGUCAAUUUCGGCGGAAAUAUGAUACCGCCUGGAAGCAACACCGUGCGUCGUGUAAUCUCCCAGCCCCACAUAAAUCCAUCGGCGCAUAUGCCUCAAGGUGCAUCUCCCAUGGUUAUGAACCCACGCCAACAACAUCAAACGCAACUACAACGACAGCAGCAGCAAAUGGCUAUGUCACCAGACAUGUCCAUGAUGAUGAGGCAGGGAGGGCCUCCUGGCAUGCCUCACAAUCUAACGAGGGCGCCACCUGCUCAAGCCCAACAGGUUAUGAACAGUUUGACCCAUCCUCCGUCCAUGAAUCAGGUUUCGCAUCCCGCUGGAAUGCAGCAAUCCCAUCUCCAAAGUGCGUUUUCAAAUGGCAUGCCUCUGCAACAUCAACCACCAUCAUCACCGAGACCAAAUUCCCUGCCUCCGAAUCAUGCCGCUAGUAUGUCAAUCUCCACGCCAGGUCCAUCGCACACGCCAGUCAACCGAACGAGAAUGACCCCCGAUAAUGCUAACCAGAUGCAGAUGGCGAUGAAUUUUCAAGCCUCACAAGGAUCCAAUUCUCAACGCAUACCACAAGCCCCCGGGCAAUACCCCUUCGAUUCUUCGUCUACCCCUCCCCUUCCAUUGGAUAUCUCACAACCGAUACCCUCUGGCAUGAUGAAUACCCAAGGCAAUACCCCCAACCGCUCUUUUCAUCCGACACCUGCCCAGCAGUUUGAGCAGAUGAAGGAUAUGAGUGAUCCUUAUGGGAAUCAUUUUACCAUGCCUCCUCCGUCCGUCCCCUCUCGACCACCGUCCCACAACAACCCCCAUCCAUUACAACAGCAACAACAACCGUCACAGCAAUCUCCACACCGCCAAUCCCCCCUCCAGCCAGAUCAAAUGAGCAUGCACCCACAAAGACCUCAAUCGCAACCACAAUCCCAGCCCCCCGGAAGGCCUCCAUCUCAAACUGGACUUACACACAGAUCUUCCCAUUCAGCGCUCUCUAAUCAAGGUCUUACGGCGACGGGAAGGCUUCCACUCGCCCAACAAGGCGGGAGUCAUCUGCCACUGGCGUUGGGCAAUGGCCAAGGGCUCAUCCGUCUUCUUCAAUUCAGUGGCAAUCUUUCCAGCGAAAAUCCCAAAAAACUACAACUAUCAUGGUGGAAUGAUCUAGUCAAGGAAUAUUUUACCCCCAAGGCUGUGAUGAAGCUUACAUUGUGGAAGGACAAUGAAAAAGCAGAGGCGAAACCUUUUGAAAUUGGCGUCCCCAUCCUGCCCCGAUUCUUUUUGGUGACUACACAAUCUGGCGUGAAGUCAAUGACUUUAUCAUUGGAUGGCGCGCGAGAACGGAUAUACAGCCAGGGACACGCUGUCGUGGAAUGUGUUACUGCAGUUUGGACCUAUAAGUAUAGCAAUGGGUAUACGGUAACAUUGCGAGGACCUUUGACAGCUCAUGUUGUCAUUGCAUCAACCCAGUCGUCGUCAUCGCAACUUACGGCGGCGCAAGCUUCAUAUCAAUUAAAAUUCGACCAUUUCCAGUUCGACGCAAACCACCACGACAAAUCCAUUGCUCUAGAUUCUAUCGUGGGCCAGCGGCAAUUUGAAGCUCCAAAGAUCCGGCAUGUUGUGAGCCCCACCCCGGGCGGCAGCAGUAUGCAACAACAACAGCGCGAAGAGGACAAAAAAUGGGAGGAACCACGAGUAGUCAUCGAGCACGGGUUUCUUCCAGGUGAACCUGUAAACGCGUUCGGGAUACCGCAGGCCACCAUGCGAUGUCUAGAGUUAGCAGAGAGUGUAGGCGCCAUGGGGGAUCUGAUGAAUUUUUCGAAUGAGAACCAACUUGGUCCUUUAGAGGCGCUCAGCAAAUUUGCCUCUAAGCUUCGGGAAACGUAUCCCAUUCCUCCUUUCCCCUUGGUGAACGGUUUGGCUUAUGGCGGCGUCAUGCCCCAUCCCUUCCAACCCUUCCCCGCCCCCGUCAAUGGUGGUACCACGACAUUGUACUCCAGUGCGCCUCCCUCCAUCACAAACCCAACGUCCGCCGCACAACCUUCUCCACAAAUGAAUUCGCCCCAAAAUACAUCAUCAUCAUCCACCGCCAACUCACCACAAAAACAGCACAAGACAAUACCGCCGCCUGCGCAAACAUCGGGGACGGCUUCGUCGCCUGCCGUGUCAUCCGGGGCGACGAUGAACACCCCUGCUCUGUCCAGCGCUUCGUUGAAGCGAAAACAAGCAGACGCGUCGUCGCCAGCACCCGCUGCUCCCGAUCCACCUUCGAAGCGAGCCACUCGGAAAAGAGGACGGACAACGACAGGUCCCGGAUAAUUUCCUCUUCGUCCUCGUGUUUUUCUUUCAUUUGAAUCUGCCAUAUCUUGCUUUCUGGUUUGAGUUUCGCUAAUUUUUUCGUGUGCUCUUAGAUUGUACCUUACGUUAUCUACAUGGAUCUCUUGCUGGAGACAAUAUGUUUUAUCAUUGAGCUAUUUAUCUCCCCCCCUUGUAACUUGUAUCGCACAGAACAUCUUCCCAACCACAAUGCAAUCAUUGCCACUCGGA